GCCCCCCGGCCCCCGCGUCGCCCCAUAGCCCCGGCCGCACUGCGCGCCGCCCGCAGCGACCCUGAGCCCCCGUCCCCGCACGCUGCCUGGGAACCGAAGCGCAGAAGCGAGCGCGCCUGGAAGCGCGACCCAGAGAAGGAGCGGGAAGCAGAGCGCAGCCGCCGCCGCCGCCGCCGCCGCCGCCGGGCCCUGCGCGCCCCGGGAGCGCAGCGCGGCCCUGCCCGCGGGCUCCGGGUGUCCGCGGGGCGGCGCCGCGGAACAUGACGGCGCCCUGGGCGGCCCUCGCCCUUCUCUGGGGAUCGCUGUGCGCCGGUUCCGGGCGCGGGGAGGCUGAGACUCGGGAGUGUAUCUACUACAAUGCCAACUGGGAGCUAGAGCGCACCAACCAGAGCGGCCUGGAGCGCUGCGAGGGCGAACAGGACAAGCGGCUGCACUGCUACGCCUCCUGGCGCAACAGCUCCGGCACUAUCGAGCUGGUGAAGAAGGGCUGCUGGCUGGAUGACUUCAAUUGCUACGACAGGCAGGAGUGUGUGGCCACUGAGGAGAACCCCCAGGUGUACUUCUGCUGCUGUGAAGGCAAUUUCUGCAACGAACGCUUUACCCACUUGCCAGAGCCUGGGGGCCCAGAAGUCACGUACGAGCCACCCCCGACAGCCCCCACCCUGCUCACGGUGCUGGCCUACUCGCUGCUGCCCAUUGGGGGCCUCUCCCUUAUCGUCCUGCUGGCCUUCUGGAUGUAUCGCCAUCGCAAGCCUCCCUACGGCCAUGUGGACAUCCAUGAGGAUCCUGGGCCUCCACCCCCAUCCCCGCUGGUGGGCCUGAAGCCACUGCAGCUGCUGGAGAUCAAGGCUCGGGGUCGCUUUGGCUGCGUUUGGAAGGCUCAACUCAUGAAUGACUUUGUAGCUGUAAAGAUCUUCCCCCUCCAGGACAAGCAGUCGUGGCAGAGUGAACGGGAGAUCUUCAGCACACCCGGCAUGAAGCACGAGAACCUGUUGCAGUUCAUUGCCGCCGAGAAGCGAGGCUCCAACCUGGAGGUGGAGCUGUGGCUCAUCACAGCCUUCCACGACAAGGGCUCCCUCACGGAUUACCUCAAGGGGAACAUCAUCACGUGGAAUGAACUAUGUCAUGUGGCAGAGACGAUGUCACGAGGCCUCUCAUACCUGCAUGAGGAUGUGCCCUGGUGUCGUGGUGAGGGCCACAAGCCUUCUAUUGCCCACAGGGACUUCAAAAGCAAAAAUGUGCUGCUGAAGAGUGACCUCACUGCUGUGCUGGCAGACUUCGGCCUGGCCGUUCGGUUCGAGCCAGGGAAGCCUCCAGGGGACACCCAUGGGCAGGUUGGCACUAGACGGUACAUGGCCCCUGAGGUGCUGGAGGGAGCCAUCAACUUCCAGAGAGACGCCUUCCUGCGCAUCGACAUGUACGCCAUGGGGCUGGUGCUUUGGGAGCUUGUUUCUCGUUGCAAGGCUGCAGAUGGGCCUGUUGAUGAGUACAUGCUGCCCUUUGAGGAGGAGAUUGGCCAACACCCUUCACUGGAGGAACUGCAAGAGGUGGUUGUCCACAAGAAGAUGAGGCCUGCCAUUAAGGAUCACUGGCUGAAGCAUCCGGGCCUGGCCCAGCUCUGUGUGACCAUUGAGGAGUGCUGGGACCAUGAUGCAGAGGCUCGCCUUUCUGCAGGCUGUGUGGAGGAGCGGGUGUCCCUGAUCAGGAGGUCGGUCAACGGCACUACCUCGGACUGUCUCGUCUCUCUGGUGACCUCUGUCACCAACGUGGACCUGCCCCCUAAAGAGUCCAGCAUCUAAGCCUAGGAUACGAGUGUCUCUCCAGACUCAGUGGAUCUGAAGAAAAAAGGAGAAACGUUGUGUUUUGUUUUGGAAAUCCCAUAAAACCAACAAACACAUAAGAUGCAGCUGCUACUUCACCUUGACUUUUAUUAUUAUUAUAAUUAUUAUUAAUAAUAUUAUUUUUGGAUUGGAUCAGUUUUUACCAGCAUAUUGUUCUACUGUAUCGCAAACAGCGGACACGUCAGCAGGCGUUGAGGUGCUGAGCUGUGAACGCAGAACCAGCGCCAUGCUGCAGAGCCUCAGCCACCUCAGCCACCUCCUGUCCUUCGGGAUCCAUUUCCGCCAGCGUUCUCUUUGUCGUCUCAGAAUCUGUAUCACAGAGAAACCCGUCUCCUGUCUAGGGAAACUCAAUGCUGCAAUCUCUACUAGAGGAACCUUUGAAGACUGUUACAUGAACAUACCCUUCCUCAGAAGAGGGUCCCCCACCCUUUACUUUGUGUUUCUCCCUUUCCAGGCAGUGAGCUUAAGAAAUGGCAGAUGUGUCUUCAUGGAGCUAGUGGGUGUCAUCCUGACCCAACAGAGGGAAACUGAGAUGAUGCUUUAGACUGACGUUGGAAGGGAGGAUGUUCUGGGGAGGGUUUGGAGCAGAGCUACACUGGACAUGGGCACAUUUGGAGCAACACUCUUGGUAUGGAGGCUGUUUUCUCAGGUAACAAGGGAUUGAGGGUAAGGACUUAUGGGGCCGAGCAGUAAUAAUAGCAAGCACAGGGUCUGGAGAAAGUCCAGGAGCAGGGCCAGGCUGCCCCCCUGCCCGGUUUCUUCCCACUGACAUGGGCUUGGCCGCAGGAGGAAGCACUUCCUUGCUCGUGUGUUAGGACUGGGGGAGGAUGUGACAGUUUAGUGGACACUCUAGACAUGAUGCUGUAGAUCUCUUUCAUGGAGGAAAUACUGAACUGCAGUUUCUUCUUGGCAGUUUGGGGAAAUGCCCAUGGUGGGCCCCCGCACAGUGUGGGUGGCCCAGGGGAUCCCUGGGUGGGGACCUUGCUGGCCUGCCGCUCUGGCUUGACCCCAUGCAGCGGAAUUACUGACUCCUUUCUGAGGCUCAUGGACACGGCUUUCUCCAGACCCUUUAAAGUGGUGCAUAUUCUAAAACUGUUUUUCUAUUACGCCAUAACCUUGCUCCAGGCGCUGAAUGUUCCUAAUGCUGCUGUUUCGACAUUGGAAUUUUUUUUUUUUUAAUUUAUGAAACAUGCUAAUUCUUUUUCAGACAAAACACACACAUCCACAUAUAUACACAUACUUUACUGUGUGGCUUCCGAGGUUUAAAUUUUAAAAAGUAAAAGAAGUAACUUCACGACCACAGACCACCUCAAACCAGAAAUACCUCAGAAUUUUCUACUUGUACGUUUUAUUAAUUAUGUAUUUUGUUAGUUGUGUUGUCUUGUAGGAAGUAUAUUUUAAUGUAAGUUGGCUUUUAUGACAAGGAAGUUUAAAAGAAAUAGAGAAAAAGAAAAAAGUUUGUGUCUUCUAGUCAGGACUACCAUUUUUGUUUGAUAAAAGCUCCCUUGUAAAUAAUUGUCGUCAGCUGUAGGUGGCUGUCUGAGCUGAGUCUGGGCAUUCGUCACUCUGGUUUAGACCAUAUUAUUUAAACAGCACAUCUCUGUCUUGAGGGUAGGCCACUUCCUCCUAGGUUGCUUCGAGGGUCAGGUGUUGUUCCAUAAGUCCCCUGGGUAGUAUUCAGGAUGACACCCCUAUUUUAACUGGGCAGAACCACAGCCCUCAGACCCCCUCAGUAGUUCUUGAGGGUUAAUUCCUUGGGCAGCAGGUAGACUCUGUAGCGCCUGUCACUGUGCCGUGAAGUCUGGGAGGGCACAGCUCACGGCUGGGCAGUCGCCCCCCUCAGCGUGUCGUGUGUGGUGCCUGGGGCAGCCCUGGGCUUGUUCUUUCCUGUGGGUGUCUGUGCACAGGGUGCUGAGGAAGGUCUGCUGGCUUCCCUCUCAGACCUUGGCCUUUGUCUCCGUGGAUCACUGUGGGCUGGCCAGGUAGGUAGGGAGACGUGUGCUUUGUUUCUGUGAGUUACGUGUGACCCCUCCGCCCCCAUUUGAUUUUGUGCUGUGGUAUUUUCUUCUCUCAGAAUGCUUUUUUCUAGCAAAACAGGUCUUACAGCAGUUGCUUUUCUUUUCUCUUCUUUCUUUAAGGAGCUUUAAAUAUUUAUUGAAAAGUGCCAUAUCUGCUUCCGUUAGCUUUCUCCUCAGGCAGUGGGGACCUCUACUUUUAACAAACAAACCACUAAGAAAUGUAGCGACUUAGCUGCAGGAGUGACCCAGUCACCAGUCACACGAUGUGCCAAACAGUAAACCCAUCUUCCCUGUGUGACCUUGUGACCUGGGUGGGCUUCUCUGCUUGUCAUAAGCAUCCUGGCCUGGCUGAGCUCUGGUGUGGGACAUCCCAGUCAUGACACAUUGCAGGCAGGGCAGGCCUGAUACCUUUUCUGGGGGUGGCCCCCCUCUUUGCUGACCCUGUGUCCAGCCACAGCAGUGUCCAUGUCAGGCUUUGCAUCGGAAUGGAGUGUCAAGAGGUGGAACCUGUUUGCUGUGGCCUAGAAAAGGGAGAGUCUGGGUGGUGGUGUCUGUGAAUAGGGGCUGGAAACCUCCUUGAGCUUCAGGUAACACACCCAGUUGCUCAUGCUGGAAGCUAGGUGAUCUCCCAGGGUGUGGCCUGGAAACUUGGGUGGCCUUUGUUUUCCUUCCUUCCUUCCUUCCUUCCUUCCUUCCUUCCUUCCUUCCUUCCUUCCUUCCUUCCUUCCUUUCUUUUUCUUCUUCUUCUUCUUCUUGUGUCCAGUUGGGUCAAGGGGCCUCUGCCUUGCAUUUUCCCACAGGUUUCAUAUCACUUCCCUUCUAGUCUCCUCUCCCCAAAGCUUUUUGGAAGACUGAGGAAGUCCGUGUGUGUGGAAAGGGAUGAGAUAAGUCGGGGAGAAAUGGCUAGAGAUGCUUUCUUCUUCCGACACUGCAUGUUGUGGUCCAAACAGGCUCCUGUGGCAGUGGGCUUUGGCGGAGAAUGUUCUGGUUAAAAUGCCUGUGAUAAUAGGCAGUCAUUUGUUGCCAGAGAUUUCUGUGAAUAUGUCAGAGAAGGACAAAAGAGGCAAGGACAGGGCUGCUGAGUUGUGGAGCUCUGCAGAGAACCCUCAUUGACGGGAUGGCAAGGAAGCCUAGGAACAGUCAUUGGCAUCUGGGCUGACGGGCUGGCCUGGCACCAUGGACACCAGAUGUAAGGGCAGGUGCUGGGUCUUCUGCUCACACAUCCACAGCAAAGGGCAGAUCUGUUUCUCAUCACUAGGCUACCAGGCUUGCUGGGUGGGGCUGGGCCAGCCUUCCCGACUGGGCUUGAGCUUCUAGCACAGUGUGUGGGCUGCCACUCUGCUCCCUGGAGUUGACCACACCCUUGGCCCUCUCUGUCUUGCUGCUCUGCCCUGGGGCUUGGGCUUUAUGAAUGGUUUUAAUUGGUAGCCAGCCUACAAAUAUUUGAUGUUUGCCAUGUGCUUUUUGGCUCAGAAAGCCUGUCAUGUGGUGGUUCCUAUGCUUAGCCACUUAGGCGAAGAAGUGACUGUUUCAUCCAGAGCUAGAGAACUGGAUGGCUCUCUUACACACAGAAUUUUACCUGUUUAGUGUGUGGAGUUCCUGGUGUGUAUUGCUGGGUAGGAGGAUAUCUUGUUUGUUUUUCCUAUAUAAUAAUACAGCAAAGCUACUGUAUUAAAAGUUGAAUUCCCACCGUUGUUCUCAAGACCUUCUUCAUUAGAUACAUCCCCGAAUCAGAGAGCAGUUUCCAGUUCAUUCAGCUUGAUCCUAAGCAUUAGCUAUUUCAUCUUUUUGGACUAUUGGUAGCACAGCUUUGGAGAGAUGAUCAAGCCCCGGUCUACAUUUCAGGAGUGGUAGAUGACGCCUUUCCCAGAAGUUCAGCAUGCUCUCCGACCAUCCAUCUGCUAACUAGAGAAACAGCCAGAAAGGAUGGUGGUAAGGUGUCCCUUUUCUCUCAGCUUGGGUGACAUGAACUCCCCUUCAUCACUGGCCGUUUGCAAAGACUCAGUUGAGAAGUACUGGCUUGUUCGGCCUGGUGACAGAUUUCAAUCUCAGCUAACACUGGCCCAGUAAUUCAGCUGAUGAGUUUUUCACCGUCUAGAUGAUAAACUUUCUAUGCAUUCAGGAUUCAAUGUAUAGCUCUAUAUGCGCAAUUCUGAGUAGCCCUACUGUGAAUGUACCCCAGACCUCAAGGAGGUUUAGGGAAGUGUUUUGGGAUAAUGAUUUAGUUUUAUAGGAAAAAUAAAUUAAGUUUAAAACACUUCCUUGGGAAUCAACUAGUUGAUUCAACCACAUUUAAAAAAAUUAGUUCAAAAGGCCUGUAAACUAUCAAUAAAUCAGCCCAAGUUUUUUGGUGGGCUAUUGGGACUUAUUUGUGAUUACUCUAAAUCACUGUUGGGCUGACAAUUUGAAUUGAGAUCAGGAAUGCCUACAUCUUUUUUUUUUUUUUUCCUAAACCAAUUUUUAGCAUUUUUCAUGCUGGCAUCUUCCAGGUGUGAAGGAAGGGAGACUUUGCUCUAGUGGUGCUACGCGCAUCUCCGUAGUGCCCAAGCCAGCGCUACUUCCCCCAUCCAUGGCAGCACCUGGCGAUGUCUCCCUCAAGAAUUAAAACGCCAGUGUGGGGCAGUGGGCCCUGCAGGGCCUCCUGUUCUCCAGGCCAGCAUCUGUUUACUGUCUCAGCUGAGUUAGUGUGUGCAGCCAGAUGGGUGCAUUCAAACGGGGAGAUCUGGACCUCUGCAGAUGAGAGGUACUGUGUUCAUUUGUAAACUUUGUGUCUGAGUUUACAGUGAGGAGAAGUGUGACCCCAUUAGUUUUUUUGGGCAAGCAAAGGCGGUUUUUUUGUGAAUGAACAAACCCUGUCUCAAGUCCUUGAGCAUCCACGCUUGUUGCACAGGCCCGUUCCUGACGCCUGACCACUUUGCAUCAGUGUUCUUAGAUAGAGUUGUAAAUAAAAGAGUAGCUGUGUGACAGACACCUCUUGAAGUUUCACUUUAUGAAGUCUAGCGCCACACAUGCGUUUGGUUCUGUCACUCGACAGUUGCUCCACACCGUGUGGAGAUUGUUUUAUACCACAGAUUAUUUUUAUAAACUAGUGAGUUGGAGUGAGAAUGCUUCUGUAAUCCAAGGCCAUGAGCUUUACUUUCAGGAUCAUGCGCACACUGGAGUGUGAGUGCUGGAGCUUAGCGCUUGCACGGGUUCCUGAAUACACUGGCAGCCUAGAGUCCUUUUACGGGUCCCCUUGGCCUAUGCUCCUCUCACAGGGUAGUGAUGUCUCUGCCCUGCUCCCUGCCUGUGGAGAGGACAGUGGCUGGGUGAAGGGAGGGGCUUGUAGUGGGUUUGAUUUCUGCUGAACAAAGGGUUCUGAUGGUGAAAGUUUGUCUGCUCCUUACAUAAGAGGGAGUCACGACAGUGGGUCCGGAAGCGGAAGCGGUAGGACAGAGCCGUGAAGGAACGGGUCUAGAGAAAGGUUUGGGCUACAGAAGACAUUGACGUGGGGAUUUGGUGGCCUGAGUUCCACUAACCAGAACUAUCUAGGACCAAACAAAUUCUUUGGAAAUGGUGGGGCGCAUGGAUAUAGUGACGGAAUUAAGCGGGGAGCCCCAGGAGUUUUGCCCCUUUUGAUCAGGGCCGCUUUUCUGCUCUAACUGUUGUGAACCAGGAACCCACAGAGGAAGGUCAGAGGGGGUGUCUUUCAGAUGCCCGCAGAGGGCUUCUGUCAAGGCCUAGGCAGCCUUCAUCUCACCUUUUGGAUGGUUGCUUAGGUGGGGCUUUGCAUGGGGUACAGGGAGGCAGAUAAUUCAGUGAAGUCCUUUGUCCCAUGGCCAGGUCUGAGGUCCGGCGGAAGGCCUCUUCCCUACACGCUGCCUGCUGGCUCCAGCCUGCUGCUUAGAGAACUACACUGGACGGGGCCCUCCUGCUCAGAGACCCUUAGUGUGCCCUUUGAAACCAACUGUGCUCCCUGUUCAUCCUGGUUUAGAAUGUUGUUCUACUUGGGACACUUAGUUCCAGAUCUCGCUGCGUUCUGGAAGCCAGUUCCCCCCGUUCUGGUCCCCAUAAAGAACACGUCUGUGCUCUGCGGCCGCCUGUCUUGGAAUGUAAUUCUGUUGUGCCUUUGUUUUUGUCAGCCACCCCUCAAAAGCAACUGCUGUAAGCUCUCUCCCUGUCUUUUCUAGCCCCGCCCCUUCCCCGUCUCCCCCUUUCCAGCCCUCAUUUCUGGAUGCACUUGUGUGAUCCGGGUACUUUAAGAACCAGUUACCUCAGACCUCGUGUUGAACGGUAUCACCGUCUGGGCCCUCUCGAUACUGCUGACUUUUACCACACAUGCAGGAGGUCCGCUGAGUGUGGCCACUGACUUGUUUUAAAGCAAAGCUCUCCCAGUGGACCCAGGGGCUUCUGGCAAGCCUGUGCUGGCACUGUGGUGGGACUGGUUGGGAGUGUCAUCCGAACGGUGCUUUCUGUGUCCUGUGUGUUCUGCCGUGUUCAGUAUUCUCACGUGUCUGAAUAGGCAAAGCAACCUAACUGGCUGGUCUCGCACGCAAAUCAGCUCCAAAGAUGAGCUCUUUGUAACACAUCUCCAGUCGCUAGAGCUCAGACAUAGAGCAUUCCUUCAAACAGCAGGGUAGAAGCCCCCCGUCCACUGCCACAGUGCAUUCUGGGAAGAUGUCUGUAGUAUACGUUGCUGUGGAAUUAGGCCUUGUGGGAUAUGGCUGCUUGUCAUUUUGAUGUAUUUUAAAUAAAUAUAUAUAUAUAUUUUUAAAGAGCCUUUUUUACCAGUUCAAAAAGCUUAAUUAACCAGCUAUCACCACAUCUGAAUUUUUGUCUCUGGGGCAUAGACAGCAGGCUGAGAUUAAAAGUGGUAACUCAGCCAUGAGCUGCCUGCCCUGGGCUGUCCCGCUGACCAUGGGACACCAGGGUCGGCGUGUUCCUGGUAUGUUUUAACUCAGCCCUCUGGGUGUCUGGUGUCGGCCCCCGCUGAGUGGACUGUUGACUUCGGUCCCUGUAAGUGCUUUAGCCUAGUGGGGUUUUCCCAGAGCACUGCCACAAGUUAAGUGUAUGAAUUUAGCCAAAUAAUUUCUCCAUAAGGGAAAAGCAUGACAGAGACCAGAGUAGGAAACACUAGUUGUCAGAGGCCGCCUGGGAGCAAGCAGUUGUCACAUGGGCCACGCCAGGGCCAUCAGCAAGAGCGCAACUGUUCAGAUGCCAGCGGCUUGCUUUCCCUCAGUUGUUUUUUUUUUUUUUCCAGAAUUCUGUAAAAAUGCAAAGAAAAUUGAGUGGUACUUGAGAAUUGAAGGAGAAAGUUACCGCAGAUUAGAAACAUACUUCUAGAUUUCAGUACCUUGACACAAAUCCACACGAUGCUAUUUUUCAACUGUACAAGAGAAUCUGCUCAUGAACUUGACAUGAUCCCAAUGGUGACGUUGAAGGCCAAAUUUUUCACCUGUUACUAUUUUUCCACAUUUGUCCUUGAAUCUGAUUAGUGUUACGCAGUACUGUAAACUUACCUUGCAUCGAGUUUGAUGUCGAUUCCUGUGAAGAAGAGCUUUUGGCACGUGACAGACAGUGAGUUAAAAAACACAGCAGAGCGUGGGAUUUUGCAGGGACGGUUUUGGAACCAACAGAAAAUGUCACUUUUUAUUUACCAUCUUAUAUAUCAGUUUUACCAGCUACUUCUAAAUUUGUACAUUAUUUGGAAGAAAAAAAACUUAAGACUUGUCUAACUUAGUGGAGAAUGUGUGUGUUGCCCUUAGGAUGGGUAGCUAAGUCUCACUGAGCUGUGUUAUCUAACUUGUAUAUAUGAAUUGUAAUUAAAAGUUUGGAUUCAUCUGUUUCUCAUGGUUGAACAUGACGAGUCAUUGCAAAGUGUGGAGGCGUGACUAGUCUGUGAUUUCAGGCUGUAGACAUGAGGAAGCUCUCAAGUGCUAAAACUCAAAACUUCUAGUUUUGGGCUCAAAUUCGAUUACGUACUGUUUGUAUGCCAGAAUAUGUGAGGUGUAAAUGUAGUAGGACACUUUUCACCCUUGUAGCUAUAAAACAGACAUUUUGUAGAACAGAAAAUAGUGUGUACUACUGAAUUAACAAAAGUUAUACUAAAGUAUCAUGUCUUUAAAAAAAAAUAUAUAUAUAUAUAUAUAUAUAUAUAUAUAUAUAUACAGAGUUAAGCUUGUCGCUGUUACCCUGUCUGGAUUUGAAAAGUGUGCUGAUUUUUAUAUAUAUAUAUAUUACACACACACACACACACACACACACUUUCACACACACACACACCCCUAUAAUGGCCUGAAGCAGACAUCCAUGUAACUACAGUUGCAAAAUGCAAACAUUCUGGAAAGAACAUUGUAUCAUAGUUCAUCCAUUUGCAGUGGGUCUUUGCUCCUUUUCCCUGUGGUAAUUUUAGAAACGAGUGUCAAGUUUGAAAUUAGAUCUGCUACAUUGGGGUUUUGCUGCUGGAAUUCUGCACUGGGUCCUCAAACAAACCGAUGUGAAUGUAGUUUUUCCCCCUGUGUGAAGGAGCAGCCACACCCCAACAGAAUAGGAGGAAAAAUCUAGAACUAUUUCAAGUUUUAUCUUUUUGUAUAUGAAAAUAAAUAAUAAUAAAUAAAGUAUCCUUGUCUUUUA